GCAUUCAAUUUCAAAUCUAAAACAUGGCGUCAGAGAAGAGCAAGAUUCUGGUGAUCGGCGGAACUGGUCACAUCGGAAAACUCAUUAUAGAAGCGAGCGUGAAAGCCGGACACUCCACACUGGCUCUGGUUAGAGAAGCCUCUCUCUCGGAUCCCAACAAGGGCAAAACCGUCCAGAAUUUUAAAGAUCUCGGCGUCACAAUACUCCAUGGGGAUUUGAACGAUCACGAGAGCUUAGUGAAGGCCAUUAAACAAGCCGAUGUGGUUAUAUCAACCGUUGGGAGCAUGCAAAUCUUUGAUCAAACCAAGAUCAUUUCAGCUAUUAAAGAAGCCGGUAACGUGAAGAGAUUCUUUCCGUCUGAGUUUGGGAUGGAUGUGGACAGGACUAGUCCGGUUGAGCCGGCGAAAUCGACUUUUGCAGGGAAACUACAGAUCAGGAGAACCGUUGAAGCCGAGGGAAUACCAUACACUUACCUUGUUACCAAUUACUUUGCCGGUUACUACUUGCCCACAUUGGUUCAGUUAGAGCCUGGUCUCACUUCUCCUCCUAAAGAUAAAGUCAAAAUAUUUGGAGACGGAAAUGCCAAAGCUGUGAUCAACAAGGAGGAAGAUAUUGCUGCUUACACUAUCAAAACAGUGGAUGAUCCUAGGACUCUAAAUAAAACCCUCUACAUUAGUCCUCCUAACAACACUUUAUCAAUGAAUGAAAUAGUCACCUUGUGGGAGAAAAAGAUCGGCAAGUCUCUUGAGAAGAUAUACAUGUCAGAGGAACAAAUCUUUAAAAGCAUCCAAGAGUCUCCCGUUCCCUUCAACGUUCUUCUGUCGAUAAACCACGCGGUGUUUGUGAAAGGUGAUCAAACCAAUUUCACUAUAGAGCCUUCGUUCGGUUUUGAAGCCUCUGAGCUUUACCCUGAUAUCAAGUACACGAGUGUUGACGAGUAUCUCAGUUAUUUCGCUUUAGGAACUUCAUUAAACACCUAAACGACGCUAGUUUCAUGUUUGUAUCAAUAAAAAUGUAAUGGUGAA